AAUCAUAAAAAAACGUAUUCUUUUAUGAUACACACCCUUAUCAAUAUGUCAGUAUUUUUCAAUUCAAGUUAACUUGUUUUUAAAUGUAUGGUAUACUGCUUUUUCCUUAACAUGGGGAACUUUUUAGUCCAACAUGUUUCUCUGUACAAACAUUAGCAAAACAUGCUGAGAACGGGUUAAAAAGAUUUUUGCUACGCCAAACGCACACGUAGUUUUGUCAAUACAUAAUCAAUAAUGGCAUCCAAGUAUGGUUACUUUGAUGAAAAGAUAGAUCGAUUGCGCAUGCUGGCAUACAUUACAGAACGAAGACUAACAGCUUUAGGAAAACAACAAUGUAGAAGAUUCUCUUUUGAGUUGUUACCAAAUAGAUAUGAUGUUAUUACAAAAAUAUUUGAUGACCCUAACCAGUACCAUCCAGUCUUGCGGGUCAUGUGUUUGUUUUUGUUUCGAUAUUCUCCAAAUCAAGCAGACCCGUUAAACAAAAUCAACAAAGUUUUGGAGAAAUGUGACUUUAAGUCAGAAGUUAUAGCAGAGGAAGACUUAUACUGGCCCAAAGAAAUUGUAUCAAAUGAUGAUGAUGCUGAAAAGGAGAAAAGUUUCAACUCUGACCGAGCCGUACGUAAAAGAGUGUAUUGGGAGAUUUCAACAAAAUUAGCCAGGCAGUGCCGAUAUUUAGCUCAUUUCCUCCUCCAGUUUACAGACGUGGAAAACAUUUACAUCGAUGCACCAAAUGAUGUUACUAAACGAAUAUUGGGUGUCUUUAAUUGUUGGGAAAAAAGAACGGUAGAAGAGUUUAAAACAUGGGAGAAUCUAAAUGGAGUAUUAAAAAUGUUGGAAAGUCCUGUUCAAUUGGGUGAAAUAAAAGAUCUUGAUGGCAAAAUAAUAUGCCGGUCUGUGUAUCAAAACACAGCUUCUAGUAUUAUUGUCAACCUGCAAAUGGAAGACGACAUCAAUAAUAUCAAAGUUGAAAUGCAAGAACAAGGAGAAGAUUCCUUCAUUGCGAUGGAAGAGAAUAGAGAAUAUAAAGAACGGAAAUUUGGAAAUAAUUUUUAUUUCAUCUUUAAUGAAAAAAUUAUAAAGAAUCAAUUGAUGUUUAAAAUUUUGGAUAGUAAUGGCAAAAAAUAUUCACUUUCAAUUCCAAAUAUUCGUGCAGCGCUUUCAGAGCACCAGUCAAGUCUUAAUGCAUUGACUGUUGUCGUGAAAAGCCAUUUCAGCGUCGAAGUUUGUGAAGCAAUAGAAGAUUAUAUAGAUGAAUUAGUCUUACCUCGAGAAAUAUGGUAUAAUUGUGGUGGGGGCUUGAAAUCAAAAGUUAGUUACCAAGAAUGGCUGAAGGUGAGCAAAUCAUACACCAAGGAUUAUUAUGGACACCCGACAGAGAACACGAUUAGAAAUGUUCUUAUCUUUCCUCCAUAUUACGUGAUGCGUGAUAAAUUUUCAAAACUUUUGCAUUGGUCAAAGGUUUUUCUGAAGGGAGCAGCCGCAUUGGGUGGUGGAGUCGGAGCGGUGUUGUGGCAUUAUGAUGCAAUUAGUCAUCUUAAAUUCAUGCAGCUUUCUGAUUUGAAAGGUCUUAUCAGCGACCAUUCUAUCGACUACAGAAAGAGGAUUUUGUUAAUUUGUCCUAGCCCUUUGAUGAUAUUCAACAUCAGAUAUACUGAUGAAAAGGAUGUCAGCUCUAUCAACGAAGAAAUAAGAAAUGGAGACGAGGAUAUUAAACAUCUGGCAGUCAUUUUGAACAAUAGCGUCGUAAAAAGCCCUACGACAUUUGCAAAUGUUGUUGCUGCUCCUAAUUUUAUCAAACAAACAGAUCAUUUAAGCUGCGCUCAUUGCCAUAUCAUGGAUGUCCUGAAUUUAACAGACGAAGAGGCUAGCGUAAGGUACCUUAACGACUUAGUGACGAAAAUCAGCAAGAGCAGCGUUGAAGAUCAUCGCUCAACAUCACAGGAUAGUUUUAUGAUGAUUCUAAGCUCUAUAACGGCCUUCAUGGCAACCAGGCAAGCUUUUUCUCACGGCAAUUCUAAAAGUACUGUACCAUCCUUAAAUCACGGAGGAAAGGAACAAGUUAAAUCAAUGUUUGUACUUACUCCAGAUCAACUAAAGGUGAUACACAGUGAGGAAACCAAAAAAAUUGUACUUGGGAAUUUCGGGUCGGGUAAAACUUUAGUUGGUGUGUAUCAGCUACAAGCUUUGUUGGAAUUAGCAACGAAAGAGACGGUGAUCUACUACAUAUCCUGGAGUGACACAAGUCCGUUGACAACAGAUGUCAAAAGAUUUCUAUUCUCCAUUCUUCAACUUGAAGUUUCUUGCGAGGAUGACAUUGCAGAGUACUUUCACGUCGGGAAGGUUUCCGUGUACGUGAAAAGAAUUGACGAGUUGUCUCAGAUGUUCGGCUUAUUAUAUAUUCCUUCACUGUCCUAUUUGUUGGAUUUGCUGCUUGAAAAGCAUUAUGACGUAAUAGUGCACCUUAUCAUUGACGAGUUUGAUGGUGAAUCGUUGGACAUGCAGGAGGCUGUGGCGAUAAGGGAGCGUUUGGAAAGUGAUCAGAUGACCAGAUCAUGUAUCCUACUUCUUCCGCAUUCUUUGGAAAAGCGAAGAACAUUCGUAAAUUAUGGGGAAAAACAGCAACACCAAAAAUAUAAUUACAAAAUUACUGGAAUGAAAGUUUUUGAGCUAAAAAAGUGUAUGCGAAUAACGCGAAACAUAUGCGAGAUCUUAAAGGUUUUCCAAGAAGAAGCCUGUCAGAAAAUUUCAAUAAUUAAACACCAAGAAUUACCAGCAAUUAAUUCAAAAGAAACAACGGAAAAAAAUGUUCCAGGAGCAAUGAAAAAAAAAUCAGUGGGGCGACCGUCAAUUCCUCAACCACCUUCAACUGUAACGGAAACACAGGAACCGGAAACUAAGCCAACGGAAAAAGAAAUACUGUACGAAAGAACAAUGGAAAUCGACUAUAUUGCUUCUAAAAUCGAUACGUCACAUUUUAGCGGUAAUAUUAAAACUGAAACAUCGUAUGUGUAUCGAAAUUUCAAGAUCAUUGGUCAUAAUAUUGAUGGACAGUUGCCAUUAUCUAUCAACAUCAAGUUUAGUUCUAAGGAAUACCACGAGGGUGUUGCUGUUUUAUCACUCGCACUUAAAGCUUACUGUUUUAAAGAAGAUUGUGUUCGACUUAUCUUAGUAGAGUCUGAAUACCAUCAAAGCAUUAUCGAAAAGGCACUGAGAGUGUUGAGUAUUAAUUAUCUUUCUUGCGCUUUGCACACUAACUGGAAGAUUGUCGACAAUGACAAUAAGAUAAUCAGUGUUCUGCCGUCCCACUACACGCUGAUUACAAACCAUCAAGGUUGUAGGGGAUUAGAAGCAGAGGAAGUCAUUGUUUGUGUGGACGGAAACGACGAGCUGCGUCAUGUUGUUGUUGAAAACAGCAGCAGAGCUACAUCAAGGCUUGUUUUUAUAUGUCUUGAUGAAUCAACUGAAGAUGUUGAGGACAAUGUAGAGGGAACAGUGCAGAACACAUUGCAUCGUUUACAGAUGGAACAGAAGAUUGAUUCAAUAAAGGUGGAAACAUAUCUUGAUGAAUACACAUCAACACCGUACAUAGAACAAAUUGAAGGAUGGAAUGGAAAGGAAUGGGCUGCUGAUUAUAGCAAAAGUUUAAGUGAACAUGAAGCGCGCCAAUCAAGAAAUACAUGUAUCAGAACAGUACUGAAGAUUAAUACUUCAGAUGAUGGUACGUUGUAUGAAGAAUAUUUGGAAAAGAUUAAGUUACAGAAGAAUUUGGAUGGAAACAAAAAUAUGAAGCUUAACUUAUCCAUGCUCAGAAGAUAUGAACCACCAGUUCCAGUCCAAGAUUUAAAGUGUGUAUAUAUAAAUGAAACUUCCUGCAAGUUAACAUGGACAAAUGAGUUUUGUGAAUACACCGUUUUGAUGACAGAGGAGAAUGAUCGGACAGAAACUUUGGCAGUAAAAAUAAAGCAAUCAAGUUGGACAGUUACGACCGUGAAGGAAAAUGCGUCAUAUUACUUUGUAGUAAUUUCAGAGACGAUCGUUGGUAAAGAGGAGUCUAACAUACAUUAUACUCACGUAGAUGACGAAGAUGAUUUGGAAACUUGGGAAGGUCUCACAGCCGAAAAAACAGCGAAAGUGGGUAAAAUCAACAGUGAUAAGGUGAAAGACGGAGGGAAUGAAGUUUCAGAAGAGAGCGAAGACGAAUGGACGAAAGGACCUUUCGAUGAGAAUGAUCUGGUUAAUGAAGGAAAGGUUGAAGCGAGGGGCGAUGAAACAGAAUCAAGUGACGACGACAUGGGAUUUGAACUAUUUGACUAAUUUGAAAGGAAUCAACCACUCAGAUAAAGAUCGAAUGAAAAACGUAAAAACAUAAGACAACGACUAACAUUCGCCAUCCUCAGCUGCACUGGGAAUUUACAUAAUGAAUACAAACAAAUGAACAGCAAAAUGCAAAGUUACUUAUCAAGUUUGACAAACAAUGAGAAGUUUAAAUUAAAAUUGUAGAUAAAAAAAGUAAAUAGGAAUAUAACGCGCCUUCGCUAAUUAUA